CUUCACCCAAAGAGCAGUUUUGACUUCGCUCUGUGCCUCUCUCAGACAGACUCACACAGACUCGCUCACAUUGCUGGACUGAAAAACCCUCUCAGCUCGGCUCUCCGGCCACUAGAGAAGAUGCUUCAUCGUUACUCUUCAUGAGAUUACUGCAAGACUGAGUGGAGUGGCAGCCCUGCAGCUGAUGGGCUGCUGCUGCUGCUCUUUCCAUCUUUAUCUCUCUUUUAAUUGGGACGCUGGGGAGAAAUAAAUAGCUCAGCACACACUGUUGGGAGGCAAAUGAAUGGAACAGACUGACGGGGGAUUUCCCCAGGCUGCCUUCACACAAAUGGACCUGGACACAAGUUUUGAACUGGCCAAACUGUUUCUGGAAGAAUAAUGUUUCUUAUUGUUUUGUAAAUCCAUUUUUGCAGUUAAGAGCUUGCAGACUGACCUUUUUGUGGAUUUUCACUGUUUACAUUCACACCAUAUCUUAGGCUCAAGGAUGUGCUCUAUAGUCAUGCUUCAUCAGUGGAGUCUGGCUGUGUUCUUGCUGUGCUCUCCAGUGACUCUUGAUGGGAAACCAGUUGAUGCACUUGGUAGCAGAACGAGGAGGUCAGUAAGCCACGUCCAGCUGAUGCAUGACAAGGGCCGCUCCUUGCAGGAGUUCAAGCGUCGCAUGUGGCUACAUGAACUGCUCGAGGAGGUGCACACGGCUGAUGAGCGAGCGCCACUUGUGCAGAGCAGAACCCAGAGCCAAACCUUCAGUGGGAAUGCCCUGCAUGAGAAGCCCCCAGGGGCCACAAAGAAUCUCCCUGACAGGUUCAGGCUGGACAGAGAGGGCCCUAACCUGCCCCAGGAAACCAACAAGGCUCUGGCUUAUAAGGACCAGCCACUAAAAGUGGCCACCAAGAGGAAAAAAAAGGUGAGGUUAGGCCGACGUAGAGAGAGUGACAAAAAGCGGAGACGGGCGCGGUCUGUCUCAUCAAAGGAGCCAUGAAGGACGUAACACCCCAGCUAAGAGACUGCCAAUAGCCUUUAUAUGGUACUGGACUAAGACACUGAUGUAGGUACAACUAGACUGGGAUCUGAGAGACUCAACCCAUGGCUGACUCAGUCACUUCAUAUUACGGCCCCGGAGUUGUGCUUGUAUGAUAAUAAUUUGCUAUGUUUGUAUUUUCAAUCUCAUACUUCAUCAUAACAUCUUCUUCAGUCCAUAUUUAUUUGGAAAAUCUGUAGGCCUGUGUAACCCUGAUUUACAUCCAAACAACGCCAUAUGUUGUCAUCUCUAUCCAGCUGUGUGCGCAAGUAGAUCAUAAGAGGAACUAUUUAUUACCUGAAUAUAAUGUAACUUCACAAAAUUGGGAAGCUGAAUGGUCUACUUUUGUUUGGCUCUAUAUGUGUUGACUGUCGUGGACAUAGUUACAUGCAAACUGUUCACUGAAUACAUCUGUUGGAACUGUUCUGCCAUAAUUUAUUUCACUUUUAAAGUGUGUAUUUAUUUUGUGAAUGUAUCACGGUGCUGCUGACUAAAUUCCAUAAUGCACUUUAGUUAUAUCCUGUUCAUGUUCUUGUGUGGUUGAGUUUUGAUUUGAUGUUUCUUUUUGAUGGUCCUGCUUUCCUUUCCCACCUUAGAUCCCUCAUGGACUUGUAACUUAUUGGAUGCUUCAUCAAACCCACUCUCACCGUUUUACAUUAUAGUUUAUUUUUAUAGAACAAGCCUGAGACGGCGGCUCUCAGACUCAUUUAAUGUUCUUCACUUGCACUGAGGACAUACUGUACAUGUUUCCAGUUAAUCAAACAUUAAAAGUGUAGCCAUUA